AUGUUUGAUUUAGAUAAUUUAGAUUAUUUAUUCAUUGUUUUCUUUAUUUUUGUUUUUUCUUUAUUUAAUUUCAUUAGUACCGCAAUCAUCAUCAAAUACUAUAGUCCACAACAUCAACAAAAUAAUAAUGUUAAAAUGUUUAAUAAAGAAGAUGUUGAUCAUCUUUUGGAAAACCAAAAGAAUGAAAUUAUGAUGAAAAAAACCAUUGAGCUUGAAGAAACUAACUCGAAACUUAAUAAUGAAAUUCAAGUUCAGGCUUAUAAAUUUAAUGCCCUCAGAGUACGUGCAGAGUCAAGAUUGGACGAUGCAUCAGAGCAAUUAUCUGAAAUAAAAAAGGUUGCAAAAAAAGAAAUUUUAUCACUAAGAUUAAAAUUAAAAGAUUCACAAUCUAAAUUAGCUUUGAAAAAAAAACAAUACGAUGAUAUGGCCAAAUCAUCUGUUGAAUUUUUUUCAAAUGCUCCAAUUUGCAACAGUUAUGAAUUAUCUAACCACUUCAAUGAUAAUUCAACUAGUAAUGGACCAGAUAAAAGUUCUCCAAUUUGUCCAAGCUCCUCAUCAAGUUUAAAUAGCAAUUCAUGUAGCACUUCUGAUAGCUCACCCCUUUCAUUAUCAAAUAAUGAAACUGACAAUUUAAAAAAGUAA